GCGACUCAAAUGCGAGGCUCACGGUUACACUAAAUGUGACAUUGGGGUUGCAGGUGUUGUUCGUCUUUCUGAGUUGACGUACCUUGGGCACGAAAGGUGCUGGGUGUGUGUGAGUGUGUGUGUCAAUCGUCAAGUCGUCCUUUAAACAUUUUUUUCAACGGUCGUGUGCGGAUGCAAGAAGCAAUAGCCAGUGCAGUGUUGUGAAUGUGUUGCCCUGAUCCGGUCCGGCGGUGUGUUAUGUCGUGCUGCGCAUUCUAGAUGCAUUCAAUUCGUUUCGUUCUCACUAUCAAACAACAAUAAGUCUGGCGUUUAGUGUUGUGUGCGGUGUUUGGUGUUUCUGUGUCCAGUGCGAUUGUGUUUAGAAGAUUAACGGUUUUGCAAGUUAAACGCAACACGGUAAACGAUGCCACUAUUCGGCAAGUCGCAGAAAAGCCCUCAGGAGCUGGUGAAGGCCCUCAAGGAGGCGGUCAACUCGCUGGAGCGUGGCGAUAAAAAGGCGGAAAAGGCACAGGAGGAUGUUAGUAAAAAUCUGGUACUGAUCAAAAACAUGCUUUACGGUACUUCUGACGCCGAACCGCAAACGGAAAUCGUUGUUUCCCAGCUGGCCCACGAGCUGUACAGCACCAAUCUGUUGCUGCUUCUCAUACAGAACCUGAACCGCAUCGACUUCGAGGGUAAAAAGGACGUGGCACAGAUCUUCAACAAUGUGCUCAGAAGACAGAUCGGUACACGGUCGCCGACGGUGGAAUACAUCUGCACAAAGCCAGAGAUUUUGUUCACACUUAUGGCCGGCUACGAGCAUCAGGAGAUCGCACUCAACUGUGGUACGAUGUUGCGGGAGUGUGCCCGGUAUGAGGCGCUCGCCAAAAUAAUGCUUCACUCGGACGAGUUCUUCAACUUCUUUCGCUACGUCGAGGUGUCUACGUUCGAUAUAGCGUCCGAUGCAUUUUCCACGUUCAAAGAGCUGCUCACCCGCCACAAGCUACUGUGUGCCGAAUUUCUGGAGCAGAACUACGACAAGGUGUUUAACCAUUACGAGCAUCUGCUCAAUUCGGAAAAUUACGUGACGCGGCGACAGAGCCUUAAACUGCUCGGCGAGCUGUUGCUCGAUCGACACAACUUCACGGUUAUGACGAAGUACAUCUCCAAUCCGGACAACUUGAAGUUGAUGAUGAACAUGCUCAAGGAGAAAUCGCGCAACAUACAGUUUGAGGCGUUUCACGUGUUCAAGGUGUUUGUCGCGAAUCCAAACAAACCGAAACCGAUCCUGGAUAUUCUGUUGCGCAACCAGGAAAAGCUUGUCGAUUUUCUGACCCGAUUCCACACCGACCGCUCGGAAGACGAACAAUUCAACGACGAGAAGGCUUACCUGAUCAAACAGAUCAAGGAGCUAAAGCCGGCACCGGAUCAAUAGUCGUAUGUCGCUGUUAUCACCACCGCCUCAACUACCAACAACAACAUCGGUACCGUUGUCAUCUUACAGUCGUAGUGCCAGGCCCUACCAUUUUCCCGAUAAUUCCUUUUGCACAGACCGUACCACCGUCAUGCCUGAAUGUGUGUAUGUGUGUGUGUGUGAUUGUUGUGCGUUGUAGUAUAAGUGACGAUACUUAACACAUCCUUCCAUCCAGAAAGGAAUGGAUGUGCUGAUUAAUUAUAUCAAGACUAGGGCAAAGGAUCCAAAGUCCAACCAGAUAUGGCAAAUGAAAAACAACACAAACCCAACUAUAGGCAAACCACACAAGGCAAAGGAAUAAUUGGCAAAGUGUGUCGAAACGAAAUAGUGGAAAAUAGUGUCCCGUACUGCCGACACCACCAAGUUGUAUGUCCAACCCCGAAUCUGGCACGAACCUCCGUAGGUGAGGAUUAACUAUCCCGGUAGAGUGGUACAUAUAUAUGACAGCAGGUCAUUACGCCAAAUAAUAGUGAAACGAACGAAACAGUGCGACCUAGUGUCGUGAACGAUAGGUCGACGAACAUGACGUGUGAUAUAAUAAUCAUUCUCUACCACUUCACGCAGGAAAACGUUACGGAAACGGAUUGCAAUUAACACCAUAAUGAGUACGCGCAGGUGAAGAAUGGGUUACGAUGGUUAGGAUGACCUGGUAGAGAUUUUGGGAUUUUUGUUUAUUUUGCUAAUAAUCCAUAUUACGUUUACAAAUGCUUUUGGCAAACAUUGUGCAAUAUUUAAUUGCAGUAUAUAAAUUAUGUCUGUUACAAUUUUACGUGCUGCGUUAUUAUUCCGGUUAAUUGCGAUUAUUCCAUGGAAAAUUUGCUUCUUUAGUUUCAUGUCAUUAAGUGUGGAUUGUAAAUGGAACAGUUUUAUUUUUAAGCAACGUAUGGUGAUUUUUUGUUUUGUUUUGGGAAAGCAAAUGUUUCAUGUAAUGCAUAUGCUCUUAAACGUUUUUAAGAGUUUUGCCCCACACAUACCUUUUUUUGGAGGGAGAAAGAUCAGGAGAGACUACUGUGGUGUUUUCUUUUUUUCGUUUUUAGUAUAUCAAGUUAUCUGAUAGUGUUAUAUAUAAAUGUAUAUUUAUAUAUUGUACAUAAUUCUAUUCCACUUAUGUCGGUUCAAUAACACGAUUACGAAGUACGUGAAAAACUACCCAAGCUUAUCAUAGGAAGGAAGCAGCAUUGUGCGCACGCGUGGUCAAAGAUUUCGUCAAGUUUAUUAUUUGAUUUGUGUCCGCACUUACCACAUCUAAAUAGUGUAUGGGAAUGAUGAGUGGCGUAACCAUCACUGCUCACACAUUCUCAUCAUCGCUAG